CUCAAUGACGGACACAGUGGUGCGCGGUGGUGGAAACCAGCUUCACAUGCAUGCCAAUAACCCGCUGUUAAUGUAACAAGCAAGGUGUGGAGUCACAUCAGUUUGUAAAGAUGCCAGCCGGUGUGUCGUGGCCUCGAUACAUCAGGCUGUUCGGAGCCUGUAUGCUGACCAUGUUUGCAGGAGCACAGGUCGUCCACCAGUACUACCUACCUGAUCUGAGUAUCCCAGAAGUUCCACCAAAGCCUGGAGAGCUUCAGACAGAACUACAGGGCUACAGAGUCAGAGAAGAAGCGGUUGCGGCCUUAAAGACGUUUAAAAAUGGAGGAAAUGCGGACUGAUGAUUUUUGCGAUUUGCUAUGGAAACCUACACUUACAUGCUGCAAUGCAUUUUGGGACAUUAUAGUCUGCAAUGGAUGCUUUUAUUUUUGUUUCUUCUUUUACUAAAGAAA